CAUGUUUUACAUCUGGGACCAUUGAAUUCGAAUGAUGAGUACGAAUAUGUCAUCAUGUCUACAAAUUGCAAUUUCCCCCUGUAUGUAUUUGCAAGAGAUCCAAACAUGUACAAGCAGCGCUACGAGAGCGAGGUGAAUGCAGUACUCGAAAAGAAGGGACUUGUCAACGGGAUCUCACGUCUUCUGAACAUAGUCGCACCGGUCGAAAACUCUCUAUGCACGUUCCCACCCUCCCUCUUCAACAUUCAAGGAUGA